GGAAGCGACCUGUUCCUCCCGCCACAACAACAACAUUAGAGCUGUGCUGCUGCUGCCUGGUCCAGGGGAGUCUCGCACUCCUCACCAGCUGCACACACCGUCUUUAUCAAGGUCACGGCCCCCACCUGCACCCUCACACCACACUUGUCCCCAGUAACGCUACUUUUCAGCGAGGUGUUACCAGGCGACACUUGUCGGGGUAGCUUACUAAUGCCGGCUACCAUGGAGUUGUGUUGUUCUGCGGGCAGUUACGGAUCGGACUGUGCGGCGCUGGACUUCAACUUUGACUGUGACGAUGCUGUGCCGUGCAUAUUUUGUGAUGAAAUAUUCAGCGUGAUGAAGGAUGAGCAACCAUUACUCCAUCACUUGUCCGUGCAGCACAAGUUUAUCAUUGGGAAUGUGGAGCAAGUGGCUGACCUUAGACAGUACAUUCUUUACUGGGGCAAGCUACGCAGCUUGAACUUGCAGGAUUAUUGUGUGGUUUUCAACACAAACAGUGAACCUGGAGCCAAGGCAAUGAGUGAAACGUAUUAUCUGUUAUGUAGCAAACUUGCCGAAGACAACAAAUUACGUAUGGCUCUCGGUCAAAUGAAACUGAAAUAUAUAGUUGAGCAGAAAGAAAAAGAGCGCAAUGAUGUUGACUUCUCCCGCAAGUGCAUUUACUGCAGUCAAAUUGUAUUUGGAGGCGUGACCAACUGCUUCCGCCACCUUACAGUCCAUCACGGAUUUUCAUUGGGCAAUCCGGAUAACAUAGUUUAUGGUGCCCAGCUGUUGGACAUCUUGGAAGAAAAAUUGCAUAAGCUGCUAUGUCUGUUUUGUGAAAAAACUUUUAAGACCCAUAGAAUGCUACGAGAACACAUGCGCAAACAACAACAUCGUUCCCUAAACCCUAAAAACAAGAUUUAUGACAAGUUUUACCUUCGUAACUAUUUACGACCAGGAACCCCUUGGGAAGAGGCCAAACGUGACCUUGAUGGUGAAAGUGACACAGAGAGCUUCACCAGCGACAGGGUGGAGAGAAGGCGUUAUGACGAACACCUGUGGACUGAUUGGAGAGACGAUGACACACUUCCUACUACCUGCCUCUUCUGCCACUAUACAACAAGCAAGGUUCGUAAUGGACUCUUUCACCACAUGAAGCUUCACCAUAAGUUUGAUUUUGAACACAUCACAAAGAAAUUUGGCUUUUACGAACAAGUUAAAAUUGUCAACUACACAAGGUCAUGCAUGGUUGAACGUCGUUGUAUGAAAUGUCAAGUUGUGUUUGGCACAUUGGAACUUCUGCAGCAGCACUUGUCAUCAUCAAACCAUUACAGUUUGCCCGAUGAGCGCGUCUGGAAUCUUUCUCGGUAUCAUAUCCCAGUUAUAGAAAAUGAUGGUUUGCUCUGCCACCUUGGCGAUGACGAGAUGAACGAUGCCGAGAUUGCGCGUUAUUCGUCCAUCAGUGACGUGAUGAUCGUCCCAGAAGACAUCUCAUCACACAGUAACUCGGUGCUGAAUGACUCCAGAUUAAGAGAGGAAAUAAAUGGGGCAGAAAUUGGAGAAAUGUUUGGUGCGGUGAUGUGCCUAUUCUGCCGGUACACAGCGUCUGGAGACUACGCUCACACGCAGGUCUACAGCCACAUGCGAGCGCUGCACUGUUUUGAUUUUACUGAAGUAAUGAGUGAUCUUUCAUUUUAUAGCCAAGUCAAGCUUAUCAACUACAUCAGAUAUAAGACAGCCAAGAGUGAAUGCUAUUUCUGCGGGCAAGUAUUCAGCAGGAUGGAUACAAUGGAAGAACAUAGGGUGUUGGCCAACCACGUAAAUCUUCCCGAUCCUGCACUAUAUGAAGAUGUCCGUUUCACCUUACAGAUGGCUACGACCUGUCUUAGAGGGGGACGGUCUACUCCAGAGACUUCGCGAAGCUGGAGACUCCGACGACGACGAUCCUGACUGUCCCGAUUCGAGUUGUCAAGGAGUUGUGUUCACCGAGGAGGUUCACAUUCCGCCAUCAAUCCUCAGCAAUAGGGCCGUGCUAGAGGAACUACUGGAGAACACAGCGCUCCACACUACUAUACAUGAUACGGAGAAAUGAAGGCACUGCCGCACAGGGGAAUUUUUUUAGACAAUACAGUACAAUAUUCUGUAAUCAAUUUUAAUGAACUGAAUAAAAUGUUCUAUUUAAAA